AGCUAUGUUAUGAUUCGGCCCCCGGCGCAUUGUAACACGGUGUAGAGUAGGAUCUCGACAAGUUAAUUGAGAGACGCGCCAAGCUACCAAAUAUUUCCCCCCUUCCCCGCCACAUCCGUUUCCGGCUUACGAUUUCUCAAUCGCAUCGCUAUCGAAUCUCAUCCAACGUCGCGAGCUUCGUCCUCGAUACACAUAGGCAUAGGGUCAGCUUCGAUAUUGUUGGAUACGCGCCCGCACUCGUUUAAUAGCUUCCCGCCACACUUUUUUUUUUUUGGUUAGAUAUUUAUAUUGGUUACGCGGAAGAUAAGAUUUUUUUCCUUUUCUGACCGCAAUCGAUCCCCUUACCAGCCAUCGGUUUCGUAUUAUAUAGCCUCCGUUUGCACAUCCAACCACCUUAUAUAUAAAUAAGUUACCAUUCAAGAUUCGCGAUAAUGGCGACCGCUCGUAAACGCCCGCGCCCAGAGCCAGAGGAGAGCCAGGCAGAAUGCCCUUUUAGCGUUAUCCAUCCCGACCCAAACGAGAAGGAAAAGAAGGCGAAGCGUAGACGGCAAGAGUCCGAAGACCAUCCUCAACCCAAGAUAUUGCUUCAGGCGUCCCCCUUCUCGCCUAUGGGCAAGUUUAAGGAUCACAAUAAUACCAUGGACCGGCAUUAUCAAGUUCAACCAUAUCAGAAAUGGAUGGAUAUGACGCGGUAUAAUAGUUUCGUCCUGAAUGGUGUCAAAUACUGGAGCGAGGGUUUCAUAUUCGUUGCCAACAGUUCGACGAUCGAGCGCCAGAAAAAUACGGGUGAAACCCUACAGCCUAGGAAGAAGUCAGACGACGAUUGGGUAGCAAGAAUCUUGGAAAUUCGAGCGGCUGAUGAGCAUCAUGUAUAUGCGCGCGUGUAUUGGAUGUACUGGCCGGAUGAGUUGCCGGUGGGCACGCAAGACGGGAAGAAACUCAUACAGGGACGACAGUGGUAUCAUGGCGCAAAUGAGCUGAUCGCGUCCAAUCACAUGGAUGUGAUCAACGUAGUCAGUGUUACCGCUGCAGCAACCGUUAAUCAAUGGGACGAGACGAACGAGGACGAAGUUCAGCCUGCACUCUACUGGCGCCAGGCUUUUGACGUCCGUAGUAUGGAGCUCUCUUCUGCAGAGCUGCGCUGCAAAUGCAAUCGUCCCGAAAACCCGGACAAAAGGCUGUUUGGCUGCUCGAGCGAGGAAUGCAAAAAAUGGCUUCAUGAUGAGUGUCUGAUUCACGAAGCACUUUUGAAGACGUACAAGCGCCUAGGAACCGAUAAACCACAUAAAUCCACACCGGUGAAGGAGGAGGAAGCUGGCGAGGCGGCUAAACGGCCACUAAGUCCCAGCGAGACGGGUGCGGCACAAACGGCCGAGCAAUCGAUCGACGUGAAGCCCGAAGAGCAGCAACAAACGAUAAAACUUGCCGACGUCGAAAACGCCCUCCCGGCCAUCAAAGCCGAAAGUGCGAGUGUCUCCGUCGCGGCCUCUAAGCCCAAGCAAAGAGGGCGACCCCGUAAGUCAGAAUUGAACGACCAGGCGGCAGCGAAGCCAUAUGAAGGAUUGUUCGAGGGCGUAAUACAAAGUGACCUAAGUCCACCGGUCCUCGAAAUCACAGAUCUCCGAGGGAGCGUCACGGGUGGAGACAAGUCGUGGAUAGAACCCCUUCACUGCUUAAUCUGCGAUCACGAGAUCCAGUAGGUGAUUAUAUCGAUGCGCUAUACUUAUUCUACGUGUUGCAAGUUACCUUAAGUUCGACGAGUAUAUAUUCCUGUCACUUGUGCUUUGCCAGAGAGCCUUGUCCUUUCUGCUCGGCGUUUAGGGAGCAAUCUAUUAUACCCUGCAUCCUUUUUGCGGGGUGGCUGUUUUUGUAUGUUCAGAGUAUGAAACAAAAAUCAAGUUGUAUAAGCUGUACUAGCUGGAGUGGAUU